AUGGACGCGACGCAGGGUCAGCUCCUGGAAAAAUUCCUGGAGCCUAUCCGGAUUGACCUCGAGACCUGCCACGCCCUAACCACCGGCUUCUACGACUGCUUCAAGGCGCUGGCGGCGAAUCCCUCCGAUCAGUUCCUGCCAACGCCGAUAUCUGAUGCCAUCCUGCGGCCAAUUGCCGACACUGGCUGUGGAAAAAAUCUCGCCAUUGACAUUGGCGGAACCAACCUCAGAGUUGGCUUCGUGGAGCUUCUUGGAAAGCAGCAAGACGAGACCAAGACGAAUGGAACCAACGGGGCCAACGGGGCCAAUGGAACCAACGGCACUAAUGGCGUCAACGGAAUCAACGGGACUGCCCACACAAAUGGUAUCUCGCAUGCACCGUCACCCCGCAUCAGACGCCUGUUCGAAAAGUCGUGGCCCAUUGACAACCAGCUCAAAGAUGACAACGCAGAGGCUCUCUUUCGCUGGAUAGGCAAGCACAUUGCUGAGGUUGUCGGCGAUGCCUACGACGAGCUUGGUCUUUCCAGCAGCGAACCGCUCCCUAUGGGUGUGACGUUUAGUUUUCCCUCCCAACAGCACUCCCUGGCCGAAGCGACUGUGACAUCUAUGGGAAAGGGCUUCACUAUUGCCCCCAACACCGACUUGGGUAUUAGCCUUGAAAAGGGAUAUGCCGAAUCCAAGCCGACGCAUCUGCCUGAUAUCAAAGUAGCAGCCAUCUCAAACGACUCCGUUUCCACUCUCGUCUCCUUCAUUUACAACUUUGGCGGGGACGCACACCAGCGUGCUAGCAUGGGACUGAUUUUAGGAACCGGCUCCAAUGCAACGGUGCCACUCAGACUAAGCCUAUUGCACCAAAGCAAAUGGCCCAAAAAUAUCAACGUUCUAGAUGGCGAGAGCCUGAGAAAUGUCAAAAUCGCCGUCAAUACGGAGUGGAGCGUCAACGGCACAGCGCCUCCAAUGCGAAAACUCGGCCUCAUUACGCCUUGGGACGACCAACUGUCCGAUCAGACCGAGAUUCCGGGGUUCCAGCCGCUUGAAUACAUGUCGGCCGGUAGAUAUCUCGGCGAGCUCGGGCGCAUUAUGCUGGCCGAUUAUAUGGUCAACACGUUGCGCAUUGACCGAGAGACGCUGCCCUUGGCAUUGCGAGUACGCCAUGGUCUCUCGACGACAUUUUUGAGUCAUUAUAAACCCCUCGAGCAUGGAAAGCUUCUGGCGAGCCUGCGCGUCGAGCUGCCAGAAUCCACAGGCAAGAACGGCUUCGUCUGGACGGAGCACCUCGCCGAGGCGCUGUACAGAAUUGCCAAAGCCAUCGAGGUCCGCGCAGCUGGAAUCAUCGCUGCCGGUACCUUGGCCCUUUUGACGCUCUCCGAAGAGUUGCCUGCCAAUACAACAGAGGCGGCGGCCACGGCAAAAGAGCUCGGCGUUGGAUAUACAGGCGGCUGCAUUGUGCACUUUCAGGACUACCAGGAGGACUGCCAACAAUUUAUUGACGAUCUGAUGGAGAAGCGAUUCGGUCAAGCCAGUGCUUUCCGAGUGGUGUUGAGUCCGUGCCACGACGGCGGCGUUACGGGUGCCGGCAUCCUGGUGUCUGCAGCGUCGGUCAGCACAAAGACUGAAGCGGCGUAA